ACGGCCACCCGCGCCCCGGUUCCCCCGAGAUGCGGGCGGGCGGCGGCGGGGGCUCCGCGCCCCGAAAAGGGGGUCCCCAGCGACCCCCCGCCCCGCUGCCCCUCGACCCCAUCGGACGCUUUGUGUUAUUCUUGGAAAGUUUCGCACCACUUGUGAAUUCCUUGAACCUUGGCAUUGCAAGCCCACUUCUGUUGGGCCCUCCUCCUUUACAGCUUGCACAAAUUAAGACACAGUUGGCUCUUCAGCAAUUGACCUCAGUUGCUCCCAACAGUUCUGCACCUCCUAAUGCUUGGUUCAAUCAGGCAGUUCUGAAAAGCGCGAUGUUUAGCCCUAGAGGAACUUUACCUCAGAGGCCGAGAGGACCUAAUCCGUCUGGCACCAAACCUCCAGGAUCCUUUAGGGGAGGAGGUGCAGCGGGUCUGCAGAGAAAGCCUGCACCUGGAACGCCCCAAGGGAUGUCACAGAGAUUUUCGGGACAGGAAACUUUUCAGUGGACGGGUUCCCAGAGGAUAAACGUUCGGGUAACUCUGCACAGGCCUGAUCCAAGGAAGGUGAAAGAGAAGACAAACCUACACCAGGAGCAGAAGGCAGAGCCUCGCACAAGUCACUGGGAUAGCAGCCCCUGCUCAGCUGGGACAGCUGGGCAAAAGCCACCUGCCUCGGCCCCCAUCUCAGAGCAGAAUUCAAAUGCCCAGAACCGCUACACACCAGAAAGCGCUUCCAGUAUUUUAGCGAGUUUUGGGCUGUCCAAUGAAGAUUUGGAGGAACUCAGUCGCUAUCCAGAUGAUCAGUUAACGCCUGAAAACAUGCCGCUGAUCUUGAGAGAAAUACGGAUUCGUAAGAUGGGUCAUUCUUUAUCUGGCUUACAUACCCAGAGCCGAGGAGAAGAAACGGUUGGUGGUACGAGUGGUGCAGCAGUCAAGAGUAAAGUGAUUGAUUACGGGCAUGCGAGCAAAUACGGUUACACUGAAGAUCCCCUGGAAGUGCGUGCUUAUAAUCCUGACGUGCUGACGGAAGAGCCUCUCGAAGCACGUGUCUAUAAUCCUGAAGCAUCGAGCAGCGAGAACAGGGAAGACUUCCAGCGGGAGCAGAACAUGUCCAUGGGUGUCCCACCGUCUAGCGUGGCGUGUAAUCCAGUGUUUCCCGUUGAAGAUUUAAUAAAACCGUCGGGGUUCCAGAAUGAUUCCUCAAAUACUCGAUCGUUUUUUCCGGCCGAGACCUCCUCGGGAAAGGUGUCUGGAUUGUGCACAGCACCCGCUGGGCUCCCCGUGGUGAAAUCUGUAUCCCAGCCUGCCAUACCUCCCGUCAUGCCACCGAUGAUGCCACCGAUGAUGCCACCCCUGGCACUGCCCAUGAUGCCGCCUGUCAUGCCGCCUCUCGUCCAGCAGUCGAUGACCCAGCACGUCAUGCCACCGAUGACCCAUCCACCCUUUUCGGCUGAACUUCUUGCAGCUAUAAGCCGGCACGAAAGAACUCAGCGUGAGGUGGGGACGAGCCAGUCCAAUGCCCAGAGCGGCUCAGGAGCAGGACAGAAGCCCUUCCAGACUCAGGCUGAGGGGCCAAUUAAAUCUCCUUUUGGUGUUGUGAAAGCAUCGUGGCUGCCAGUGUUUCCACAGUCUGAUACCCAGAAGAUAAAAAGAUUGCCCACUCCGUCAAUGAUGAAUGACUACUAUGCUACAUCUCCGAGAAUAUUUCCACAUAUGUGUUCUCUGUGUAACAUUGAAUGCACUCAUAUGAAGGACUGGAUUCUGCACCAGAACACGCCUUCUCACAUCGAAAGCUGCCGCCAGUUACGUCAACAAUACCCCGACUGGAACCCUGAGGCUCAUUCCUCAAAGAGAAAUGCCGGCGACAGGAAAGAAAACCAGACCCCAAAGCGCCGUUCCAACUCUGCCAGUCCCAGUCCGAGACGUUCGAGGGUCACGGGCUCCAGCUACGUUCUGCGCCGGUCGCGGUCGCGGUCCAGGAGCCCUGGCCGCUUCAGGCCAACGAGGCCGAGAAGUCGAAGCCCGCGGCAGAUGCGACGGCUCAGCCCCAGGCACAGGUCAAGGUCACCGCAGCGGUCGAGGAAUCCCCUGAGAACGAGUCCACGACCUCCGAGAUCGUCCAGUAAUGAUUGGUCGUCAAGGAGGUCAACCCGAUCUCAAGACAGAAAGGCAGCUCUGGAGGCGGUAGUGAAAAGUUUGGGACCUGGCUUUGUAGCAGAGUUCAAUAAACAUAAGUCCCUUCAAGCAGCUGGGCAAGGAUCUUCGGGAUCGGGAAAGUCACCCUCUCAUGGGCUCUUAAGGAAGAUGCCUGGCAAUGCGAAGAAGCCGCUGAAAACAAGUGUUUCUCCAAAGUCUUCAAAGAAGGACGUGCCGUCUUUGCCUGGAUCAAGCUCGUCAUCUCCUGAAGCUGAUGAUUUACCCCAAAGCAAAGAAAUGGAAGAGGAUGAGGAAGACUUACCCACAGGAACCAGUGGACCUCGUCCUACUUCUUAUAAUAGGCUGUUGAGAGAGGAAUUGCUGAGUUGUGGGACAGUCCUUCAAAUAUCUGAUUUACCGGAUGAUGGCUUUUCAGAUCAAGAUAUUAAAAAAAUUGUUCAGCCGUUUGGCAAAGUUAGUGAUCUCAUUGUACUUCGCUCUAGAAAUGAGGCUUUCUUGGAAAUGAACUACAAAGAAGCAGUGAUAGCAGCUGUGAAAUAUGGUGAAACUGUGCCAGUGCUGGUAAAUGGAAAACGGGUGAAAAUAAGUGUAGCAGAGAAGCCAAAAUCAUCUCCUGGUCAGGCCAAAAUGACUAUCAGAAAACGAGCUCAGAAUAUUAAAAAAGUCGCACCAAGUACGAAAAAAGAUCAGAACACCACCACUAAGAGAACUAAAUCCAUUACAGGUAAAAAAGAAAGGACUAAGAAAUCGACAAUGACAGGAGAUAGUAAAAUCAAGAAAACUUCAAAAACUGCGGCAAAAUCUACAGAUGAAGACCUUCAGCUCUCAGCAGAAGCUGAAAUGGAAGUUGGGGAAACCAAGCUGUCAGACCCAAAGAACAUCACGGAAGAGGGCAGUGUUCCAGAGCCUGUGAAGACAGCAGAGACUCAGGCCAAAGGGGUGACUAAUCCCGCACCUGGACUAGAGAAACUAGCGCAGAUGCCUCAGGUGGCGGAGUUGGACUUGGAUAAGGUUAAUGAAGCUCCAGUUGAUCAAGAAGCUACGAUAACAACUACAAAGAGCGAAGAAUCAACAGAACCAGCUAGCAAGGAACCUGAUGAUAUAUGUGUGGUUCUUAUUUCCAACUUGCCUGAGAAAGGAUAUUCUGUCGAGGAGGUUUCCAACCUAGCAAAGCCAUUUGGAGGACUGAGGGAUGUGCUAAUUUUAUCAUCUCAUAAAAAGGCAUAUCUUGAAAUAAAUAGAAAAUCCGCAGAUUCCAUGGUUAAAUUUUACACCUGCUUUCCAAUGUCACUGGAUGGAAAUCAGCUCAGCAUCAACAUGGUGCCUCAGUAUAAGUCUAUAAAAGAUGAAGAAGCAAUAUUUACUGCUAUAAUUAAAGAUUCUGACCCUAAGGUAAAUACUGAAACUGUUCACAAUCAGUUUGUGCAUCUCGGGAACUUGCCAGAUGAUGGAUACAGAGAACUUGAAGCAGUUUGUGUGGGACUUCGAUUUGGGAAAGUAGAUCAUUAUGUUGUGCUGAAGAAUAAAAACAAGGCAAUUCUGCAGCUGGAUAGUCCCAAAUCAGCCCAAUCCAUGUACAGCUUCCUGAAGCAAUAUCCGUAUAACAUGGGUGAGCAUACCUUGACCUGUACCUUGUCACCCAAUGGAGAGUCUGCUGAGGCUGAAGUUGUGAAAAAAGAAGUGAAGAAAGAGGAACCAAGCAAAGGAAGCUCUGGCUUGAAAAAAUAUCCAGAGGGAUCAGGAGUGGUGCAAACAGCAGCUGCUAAUCCUCCAGUAGAGCCUAGUGUGGCAAAGAAAGGACCCAUUUCCACCCUUAAUGUCAAAGACGAGAUGUCAGCAGGACAGAUAGAGCCCUCUGAGUCCCAUCUUGAAAGAGCAGGAAGGGAGUCCGCUGCAAGACUGGCAGAGCCGUCUGCGGAGAAAGGAGGCGCCGGGGUCGAAGUUACUGUGGCAUCUACCAAAUCCGCUGGUACCCAGGCGUCCGAAGCGAAGUCAGAAGAGACGCUGCCGCCGCCGCCUUCCAGCGCGGAGAAAGAGGAGGCAGUUAAAGCUGGCGCCGAGUCGAAGGCGUUUGGAUCUGCUGUUGGGUCUGCGCCGGCGAGGGAAGUUAAAGGUGGAGAGGUGUCUGCCCCUGCCACCGAGCCUCCAGAAGAGCCGCCCGACGUGGGCGAGGCCGCAGGUGUGCCCCCAGGCCGUGCUGUGGCGGCAGGGCACGCGCCGGCGGCCGUCCCGGCAGCGGUGCCCCCUGGCUCUGCUGCAGCUUCAGUGGAGACGGCGUCAUCUGCUGUCACACAGCCAACCAGCCAGUCGGGCCCGCCUGGGAGAGACCCCGUUUCUGAUGCUGUGAAAACCGAACGUGAGAUGCCUGGAACUCAGAUACCGGAGAAGAAACCCGCGCUUAAGUUUGGGGCGGCCACGGAGAAGAAGCUGGAUGACCCAAAGAUGAAACCAGAAGAGUCUGCGCUCAAAGCUGGAAGGGCCGCGGAGGAGAACCCCGCAAAGCUUUUGGUCAAGACUGAGGCAGAGACAGCGAAGAAACUUGGAGCCAGCGUUGAGGCUGCUGUGGAAAAUGCUGCGAACGCUGCCGGUGAGAGCAACGAGGGAAGUUUAAUCAAAGCCCAUCAAAAUAAAGGAACGGGACCAGCAAAAACUGAUGAAACCUGCAAAGCAGAUAUGUUAAACUCCUCUUUAGCUGUCAAAGAAUCUUCCUCUGUUGGUAAAACGAUUUUAAAGGCCAUAGUGUCUCUUCCAGAUAUAUCAAAGUCAAGGGUUCCAGUACAGAGAAAUGAGCCUUCCCUGUGUAAAGGAGGGGAGCAGAAAGCUCCCUCGAAACCUGAGAGCCAAGGCCAAGCAGCAGUGGAGAAGAAAAUCGCAUCCAGAGAAGCGGGUCAUCCGAGACCUGACGGCAGCCAGUCAAGCCUGGGAGAUGGCAGCGGCAGAUGUAAAGUGAGCAGAAGUUCUGUUGUUGAUGGAAAGGGAGGCAAUGGGAGCAGCUCACCUCCGCAAGAGAAGGACUCACGAGUGGAAUCUAGGGCUAGUUCAAAACAGUCUCAAGAGGGAGAGAGUAGAUCAUCCAGCAUGAAGACAGACAACAGCAGCAAUAAGGCUUCUGUUGGUGGCAAUACUAAAACUUCAAAAAGCAGCACUAGCAGCAGCACAAGCCAGAAGGAGGAAGAAGAGCUGUUCCCAUUUAACCUGGAUGAAUUCGUUACUGUGGAUGAGGUCGUAGAAGAAACGGAGUCUCCCGUUAAAACACAGCGCAAUCCACCCAGGGGGAAGAGAAAAGAGGGUGCUAAAGCCAACUCCUCUUCUGAGCCUAGCUCCAAGAGAAGGAAAGGGAAGAGCUCCCUCGCCUGCGCCGCCGAAAGCGAACUCUCUUUUGUCACUUUGGAUGAAAUCGGUGAGGAGGAGGACGUGACUGCACAGCUAAUGGGAGUCGCUAAUUUAGAAGCGCUGAGUGACCCGCAGGGCCUGGUUGUAGUGGAUGAAGUGAUGGAAGAGGAGGAACUUGUGUCAGAAGCAAAGGAUCCGCAGUCGCUUGUUACGUUGGAUGAGAUAUCGGAGCAGGAGGAGCUUCAUUCCCAUAAAGUCGUGCCCAGGGUGCUUUUUGAGGAGCAGGGUUUGAAAGCUGAACCCUUGGUAACGGUGGAUGAAAUCGGGGAAGUAGAAGAGCUGCCUCUGAACGAGCCUACAGACCUGAGCGCCGAGGAUGUGCUGAAGGCCAAGGAGGACAGUAAAGUGGCUGCUGAGGAUGCCGGGGACUGUGCUUCCUCCCAGGUGCCUGAUGAUCCCAGUGCUUUAGUGACAGUAGAUGAGAUACAAGAGGACAACGAAGAUAACCCUCUAGUGACUUUGGAUGAAGUUAACGAGGAUGAAGAUGAUUUUCUGGCUGAUUUCAAUCGCCUGAAAGAGGAGCUAAACUUUGUUACAGUAGAUGAAGUUGGAGAGGAGGACGAGGAAGAGGAAAACACUUUCCCAGGGAAAAGUCUGAAUGAGGAUGAAGACGACGAAGAUAUUGUUGCUGUUGCAGGACCAGAAGAAGAAGAAAUUGCUGCCAUUGCAGGACCAGAAGAGGAGGAUAUUGUUGCUGUCGCAGGACCAGAAGAAAUGGAAAUUCUGGGAGAUAUGAGUCCAGAAGCAGAAAUUAUUGCAGUCUCGAAAUCAAAAGCAGAUCAGCUGGGAUCAGGAGAUAAAGAACCAGAGCCGAAGCGGAAGAAAACAGCUUCUUCAGAUGUAUCAAAGGCGCAGAGUACUCCAAAAGAUUUGGAUUACCUCGUUCCAAAGGCUGGCUUCUUCUGUCAGAUCUGCUCGCUGUUCUACGCGGAUGAGCUGUCUGUGAAAAACCACUGCAAGACACCGCUUCAUCAGCAAAACAUGGAGAAAUUCAUGGCCAAGCAGAAGGACGAGGAUAACGACGGGGAGGAGCAGAGCUCAAGGUGAUUGGAGGAAAGAAGAGUUCUUUCAGUGAAUUAAACUUAGGGUCCAGUCAAUUUUGUGUAUUUUGUUAUGAUUUAAUUUGUAAUUUUGUUGCAGAAGCAAGCAUUCAUGUUGUAUAAAUUUGAGCUCAGUAUAGGCACAGACUAAAUGAAAAAACGUAUGGUGGCUUUGAUUUGUAUAUCAAAUCAUCUGACUUGGGAGAGACUUCUUUUACAAGUGUUGACAUAAAAUAAAUGUUCUUACUGUAUAGUUA